AGUCAUUCCAAAGAUCGGUGUAAAUAACGAAUAACAGAAAGUACAACAUACCCCGAGAGAAAUUUGAUUGGUCAACGAAAUACAGUUCAUCAUGGAGUACGUCGAUGCGAAGAGUGAGAGCAACGACAAUUCUUGUAACUCGACUCCUUGCCCUGAACUAGUAUCGAAUACAAAUUGCACUGAAAAUUCGUCGGUGGUGAGAAAUGACUCUACUCCAAAACAUCAGAUCCACGAUGUACAAAAAGAAGAUAAUAACGGUGCAAGCACCACUGCUCAAGAUCAACCGCGAGAGAACAUAGACUUUAAAGUAAUUUAUAACAAACAGAGGAUUAAUGUGAAUUUCCCACUGGACGGCAAGGUGUCAGAAUUAAAAAACCAUCUCGAGAAAAUCAUAUCUGUGCCGCAUGCUAUGCAGAAAGUAAUGAUCAAAGGAUUAGCCAAAGAUGAUCAGACGUUGAGAAGUUUGGGUGUUACAAAAGGUGCCAAAGUGAUGGUAGUAGGAUCGAAACUAGAUGACGUAUUAGCCAUUUCAAUUCCAACGAAACAGGAUUCAUCAGACGAAGCUGCUUCCAGCGCAAAUAAAGAGCCGUUGUCUCAACAAAAAAUGCAUAGGAAAGUACUGGACAAGGGUAUGCCAGAAGACGUGAUGCCUGGACUACUAGGGAGCAAAGAACCUCUACCAGAAUUCCCUCUGGCUGGUAUGUUGAAUAAAUCCGGUGGCAAAGUGAGAUUAACGUUCAAGUUGGAGCAGGAUCAGCUUUGGAUCGGUACGAAAGAACGAACAGACAAAAUACCUAUGAAUUCUAUAAAAGGUGUACAUAGCGAGCCAAUUCACGAUCAUCCUGAAUAUCACAUCAUGGCCAUACAGUUAGGUACAACGGAAGCAUCUAGGUACUGGAUAUAUUGGGUUCCUGCACAGUACAUAUCGGCUAUAAAAGACGCCAUCCUCGGGAAAUGGUGCUACUUCUGAUUGAACGUUGCCACGAUCAAUUCUUCAAAAACGAAGCGUAAUCAGGUGUAAGCAUUGAUACAAACACGACUGUACUAGUCAAACAUUUUUAACAGUAAGUAAUAACUUAUUUUGCGUUCGAUGAUGUAACUGAUACGUUCGGAAACAAAGUAUUAGAGCAAUCGUUUUUUUAGAUAUUAAUUUUGUUCGAAACUAUGAGAAAUAUAAAAAUUUGUACCGAACCUUGCGAAUAAUUUAAUCGGCUUAUUAAUAUUGAAAUAAAUACGUGGAUCUGUUUGAGAGAGAGAAAAAUGUUUAUACGAUUUCGUGAUUUUAUCGUCGAUCAGAAAAACUUGUUUUCUGACACUGAAGUACAGCUGUAAUCUUAAUUUCUUUGAAUUUUAUCGUACAUAAGAACUGUAAAUAUAUAUUAAUAGUUUUUUUUAACUAGGAAAAAAUACGUUUACGUUGAACCGAGAACAUUUGAUUAGAAGAAGAGAUUGUCGUUUAAAUGAACAGACUAAACGAUC